UGUCCGGCUGGGAUCGAGCAGAAUCUGAGCUGCCGAGACGUUACCGACAUGUGCUGGGUAUUGGGCUGAUAUUGCACAACUGGAACUUUGAGACUCUCCUGGAACUGUGUUGGUCAGAAUUUGCCUGAAUGGACUGAUUAUUCCGGGCUGACAUUGUCCUCCUGGGUUAGUAUUGUGCUGGUCUGAUUUUGGCCGUCGGCUGUUUUGCUGGACUGACUUUGUCCGGUUGGAGCUGUGCUAGGCCCACUUUGCCCGGUUGAGGGCUGUGCUGGGCAAAUCCGAAUUGAGCCAGAGCUGGAUCCGUGACGUCACGGGGCUGGUGCGGCAGCUGCGGCGAGUCGGGAUCAAGUGCGAGUGUGAGCGGGACGGGGUUUGAGCGGGAGAGCCGGGCUUCUAGUGAGUACGCCGAAUACGGGCCAUUGCGGGAAACUAGAAACUGUUUUAAAAAAAAACAGUCGUGUUGUGAGCCCGGACUGAUCCGUACCGUACUGGGAGACUACAGCGCGAUGUGAAGCAAGCGAGCGAGAGAGAGAGAGCCUGAGCCGCCGCUGCAUACAGGCACCCGCAGCCUAGGGAGUGGGGCAGAAAACACGGGCAGAGCGGCGGCUUAUGGAGCGGAUUCUCGCUGGAGCCUGUGCCGAGACUGUGGAACUGUUGGCGGAGGAGAGUGCGUGCGAGGUGGUGGAUGGUGGGGAGAGAUUGUGUUGUAGUUUGGUGUUUCCCCAACCCUUCCCCUCCUCCCCUGUUUAUGUGACCCUGUCUACCUCACUCUGUGUCCCUGUAUGUGUGAUCGUUUCCCUACCCCUCCUCCUCUCACCCAGCCGCCCUUGGGUUUCGGUGAAAUGAUGAAUUACCAGCAGCAGCUGGCCAACUCCGCGGCCAUCCGAGCCGAGAUCCAGCGAUUCGAGAGCGUCCAUCCCAACAUCUACUCUAUCUAUGACCUGCUGGAGAGAAUCGAGGACCCCAUCCUGCAGAACCAGAUCAGGGAGCAUGUCAUCAGCAUCGAAGAUGCAUUUGUGAACAGCCAAGAGUGGACACUUAGCCGAUCUGUGCCAGAACUCAAAGUGGGGAUUGUGGGUAAUUUAGCCAGUGGCAAGUCAGCCUUGGUGCAUCGUUACUUGACAGGAACCUACGUGCAGGAGGAGUCACCUGAAGGUGGCCGCUUUAAGAAAGAGAUUGUGGUGGAUGGUCAGAGUUACCUCCUGCUGAUCAGGGAUGAAGGGGGCCCUCCAGAGGCACAGUUCGCAAUGUGGGUGGAUGCUGUUAUAUUUGUCUUCAGUUUGGAGGAUGAGAACAGCUUCAAUGCAGUCUACUACUACUACACCAGGAUGGCUAAUUAUCGGAGCACCACAGAGAUCCCCAUGGUUCUGGUUGGAACGCAAGAUGCCAUCAGUACAGCCAAUCCAAGGGUGAUCGAUGAUUCCAGGGCUCGUAAACUCUCCAACGAACUGAAGCGGUGCACUUACUACGAGACGUGUGCGACCUAUGGCCUGAAUGUGGAGCGUGUUUUUCAGGACGUUGCCCAAAAGAUAGUAGCUACACGGAAGAAGCAGCAACUCUCCAUCGGACCAUGCAAGUCUCUGCCCAAUUCUCCAAGCCACUCUUCUGUGUGCUCUGCACAAGUCUCUGCGGUUCACGUCAGUCAGACAAGUAACGGUGGAGGGAGUUUAAGCGAUUACUCCUCUUCUGUCCCUUCCACACCUAGCACAAGUCAAAAGGAGCUUCGAAUCGACAUCCCUCAAACAGCUAACACACCAACUCCUGUUCGAAAACAGUCCAAGCGUCGGUCUAAUAUAUUUGCUUCUCGAAAAGGAAGUGAUCUAGACAAAGAGAAGAAAAAUCUGGACACCAGAGCAGACAGCAUUGGAAGUGGCCGAGCCAUCCCAAUUAAACAGGGAAUGCUACUUAAGAGAAGUGGGAAAUCGCUAAACAAAGAGUGGAAGAAGAAGUAUGUAACGCUGUGUGAUAAUGGUAUCUUGACGUAUCAUCCUAGUUUGCAUGAUUACAUGCAAAAUGUCCACGGGAAGGAAAUCGACCUUCUUCGGACUACCGUCAAAGUCCCUGGAAAGCGACCGCCUCGCGCCACCUCAGCUUGUGCCCCCAUUUCCAGUCCAAAGGCAAAUGGUUUGCCCAAAGACCUGAGCAGUUUGCAUAUUUCACAGAAUGCAGGUAAUGUGACACCCACAGGAUCUGCAUCACAGAUGGCAAGUGGGAUCAGUCUGGUGUCCUUCAACAGCCGCCCUGAGGGCAUGCACCAGCGCUCUUACUCUGUGUCCAGUGCUGAUCAGUGGAGCGAAGCCACAGUCAUCGCCAACUCUGGCAUCAGCAGUGAUACUGGCCUGGGAGACUCUGUAUGUUCAAGCCCCAGUAUAUCAAGCACCACCAGUCCCAAGCUGGAGCCCCCACCUUCACCCCAUGCCAACAGGAAAAAACAUCGCAGGAAGAAGAGCACCAGUAACUUCAAAGCUGAUGGCAUCACGGGCACAGCAGAAGCCAAGCGUAAAGCAUGGAAACUAAACCGUGUAGGUAGCUUGCGAAAUAUAUACAGCAGCAGCAGCACAAGCACCAACACAGAAGAGCAAGAAGAGAAUUUUGAAUUUAUAAUUGUCUCUCUCACGGGCCAGACUUGGCACUUCGAAGCCGCUUCUUACGAGGAGAGGGACGCGUGGGUCCAAGCGAUUGAAAGUCAGAUUUUGGCCAGUUUACAGUCAUGCGAGAGCAGCAAGAACAAGUCACGAUUAACAAGCCAGAAUGAAGCCAUUGCCCUUCAGUCAAUCAGAAAUAUUCGGGGCAACUCUCAGUGCGUGGACUGUGAAGCACUAAAUCCGGACUGGGCCAGUCUGAACCUUGGAGCCCUCAUCUGCAUUGAAUGUUCAGGUAUUCACCGCAAUCUCGGCACCCACCUGUCACGUGUCCGCUCUCUCGAUCUUGAUGAUUGGCCUGUGGAACUCAUCCGAGUGAUGUCAUCCAUUGGGAAUGAAAUGGCUAAUGGCAUCUGGGAAGGAAGUGCUCAGGGACGCACCAAGCCCUCGCCAGAUUCCACAAGGGAGGAGAAGGAGCGCUGGAUCCGCGCCAAGUAUGAACAGAAACUCUUCCUGGCCCCACUCCCGUGCUCCAAUGUUCCCCUGGGACAGCAGCUGCUGCGCGCCACAGUCGAGGAAAACCUGCGGACAGUCAUCCUGCUCCUGGCCCAUGGCUCCAAGGACGAAGUAAAUGAGACUUACGGAGAUGGAGACGGACGCACGGCCUUACACCUAGCCUGCAGGAAGGGGAAUGUGGUCCUGACACAGCUCCUGAUCUGGUAUGGAGUAGACGUCAUGGCGCGCGACGCUCACGGAAACACUCCACUGGCCUAUGCCAAGCAAGCAAUGAGUCAGGAGUGCAGUGACACCCUCCUCCAAUACGGCUGCCCCGAUGAACACUUUAUUCUGCUGGCAACUCCCAACCUAUCCCGCAAGACCAGCAACCGAAACAACAACAACAACAACAACAACAACAAGGGCAGGCAAAUGGAGUCGAAACUGCCCACUGUCAUUUGAGCAAGAGCUCGUUGGACUCUUAAGUGUUUAGAGAGCAGCACUGAACCUCUCCCUUUACAGCCUCAUAUCUGUGAAACCUCAUUCCACUCCUGAUUUAGUUCUUGAAGGAACGCAAAACCAUGAAGGGCUGACGAAAAUGGGGGUUGAAGGAGGGGGUGGGGGUCACGGAGAAGAGACAAGCAGCCGUGAAUCAGCUCAUUACAUAAAUGACAUGAGGUCCUGUGCAGUGGACUAAAAACAAGAUCCAGCAGCAUCAGGAAUUGCCCAGUUAAAAGAUAACCAGUGGAGCCACGACCUGUAUUAAAAGCUUGUGCCCCAACUGGGUCAACAGGGCAGACUUGUGGAAGAGGACAAGGGAAAAAUUGGAACUCCAGGCAUUGACAAUUAAUUGUCAGUACAUUUCACCUCUACCAAAACAGGUUGAUUCAGCUCUUCUACGAAGGGCCCUCACUGACAUAAAUCAGGUGAGAGCACAGAGUUUGUCAGGUUUGAAGCUCCUAUGAUGGUAUGUGUCAAAUCAGUUGUGGCUAAUCUGUCCAGGGAGAAUACUGGCUUCAUUACACUUGUAUAGUUGAGUUCUUCCAGCAUUACCACUGUUUAAUAGAACAUGAUUAGUCAUCAUAGAGGAAAGCAUAUUAGCUGAGGAGGUAGUUACAUGGCACGGUUCAAUGACUGCUUGGAUGUGAUUGCAAUGUUCGCAGAAGCAGCACAUUAUCUCAGUCAUGCUCUUUCUAGUCCUCUGAGCCCUCCUUCCUAAAUUCACUGUCAUAAUUUAGUGUCUAUUUAAUUUUUAGUCCUCUUCCUAUUCAAAGAAAGGCGAUGGGGUCCUGCCUUGCCUCUCUUCACGACGCAAUCUGUUUAGUAAACGGAGAUUGCUAGUUGCGAAGGGCCAGGCGCUGUGCUGGAAGCAGAGCUGAACCCUGUGUGAUUAGAAGGCUGGAGGCAUUGUACAGUGUGCUCGUUUGGAAAAGAAAAGAAAGGGAAUUGAUCAGUGUUAGCCUCAUCUCACAAUCACUGCCCUUCUGACCUGUGCUGUCAUUGGUAGCUUUUUCCAAAAUGGAUAGAUUGGCCACCUUGUUCUGUGAGGUAUUUUCAACAUGGUUCUCUGUCCUGUUUGUAAAUAUAAUGUAAACUCUGAUGCUAUAGUAUUUAUAUGUUGUACAUAAUAUUGUUCAUUCCAUUGAGAUCUUAGCCUUUUUUCGGGAGUGGGAAGGGGGGAGGGGAUUACUUGAAACUCGGAUCGGAUUUCCGUACACCGGCUGCAUCCGCGAGUCACACUACUGGCUGUGUGUCGUUCUGGCUAUUUCUGGGGGGUCCGUGAAUGGGAGCAAACUGUGAGAGUGAUUUUGGCCAGUGAUGUACAGUUUAAACUCCAGUCAUGUUUACACUCCAGCGUUGUCCAAAUAGGAGGUAUUGUACCAAUUCAUUGCAUUAGUUCUCUGCCUAUGGGAUUAUUGUGUUUAGUCAGCAGAAGUCCAACAGAUCGAGGUUUCUUUUUAAUCAAUACUGAGAGAAAAUAGCAAGUUACUGGCAUACUUUCCCCUGACGUACUCGGGCUUGGUAGUUCACUGUUUUGUGAAGGCUGGCAUUGAUUUCCCAGUGCAUGGUUCCUUGCCAGUGGUGUGAGCCACAUUUGGGAUCUGUGUGGAAUUCCAGGCUUCGACACAAGGAUAAUUCCCCAUUCCGACAUUCCAGGACAUGCUCCAUGGUCCCCAACUGCUGACAAGCCAAAACAAUACUGUGCUUUUAUUCCCAUCUUCAAUUCUUCUAACCCACUCCUCCCCCCAUCUCUUCCCCCACCCCACCACCUCCACCCUAGGUGAUUCCUCUCAUCUAGGCGGGAUAGAUUUCCACUGACUGAGGGCUUUCUUGUCCUGACACUCAAACC